GGCCGGACACCUAUUCACAACAUCCUGAAAACAUCCAGGGACUACCAGGACCGUGAGCUUAUAUUGACGAUGAUCAAAUCCAGCAAAAACAUCAACCAGCUCAACGAGGACGGCGAGAGCUAUCUACAUCUUGCAGUCAAGUAUAACCACCCACGUGCUGUGCAGCUGCUGUUGAGCAAAAUGAGCAAGGAUGCCAUGUUUGCCGGUAAUAAUGCCGGCGAUAAUGCUCUGCACUAUGCUAUGGAAACUGGAAAUACCUCUAUGAUUCAGCAGCUUCUAGCCGCCGGUUUCGAUGUUAAUGCCAAGAGCCGGUCGGGAGAGACGGCUUUACACCGUGUGUCACGCUCUAGAUAUACGCAUUCUAUUGCGUCAUGUAUUACGUUGCUGGCUGAGGCUGGG